AUGUUUUACAGGCUUCCAAGUUGGCAUGUGUGUUGUAAAGAGAGUUCUUCAGCUUCAUUGUAUUACUCUCAAGAUGACAAUUGUGCACUAGAAAAUGAAGAUGUACAAUCCCAGAAAAAGGAUGAAAGAGGGGGACCUGUCAAUGCUGAAUUAUCGGGAAAAGUAGAUUCAAGCUUACCUGUUCCUCCAGAAGAAAACAAAUUAAAAGAUGACUACAUUGUGAAUGUACAGGAUGCGGAAUCAAAAAAGUUAAGUCCAUCUGUGACUGAGACACUCCCUACAGUUGAUCUUCAUGAAGAUUCUUCCAGUGUAGUUGUGGACAAUGAAAAUAAUGAAAAUAUUUCCAGUUCAUCUACCUCAGAGGUCACUCCAAUCUCAAAACUUGAUGAAAUAGAAGACUCUGGUACUAUCCCUAUAGCCAACCCAGGGGAAACUGAGCAGUCUGAAACUGAUUGUGAUGUUGGUGAGGCCCUUGAUGCAAAUGCUCCAGUUGACCAACCUUCCUUUGUCAGUCCACCUGAAAGCCUUGUCGGCCAACAUAUAGAAAAUGUGUCAUCUUCGCACGGCAAAGGAAAGAUAACAAAGUCAGAAUUUGAAUCAAAAGUUUCAUCAAGUGAUCAGGGCGGUAGUGAUCCAAAAUCUGCAUUGAAUGCUUCUUCAGAUAAUUUAAAAAAUGAGAGUUCUGAUUAUACAAAGCCAGGAGAAAUUGACCCUACACCUGUUACAAAUUCCAAAGACCCAGAGGAUAUACCAACAUUUGAUGAAUGGAAGAAGAAAGUUAUGGAAGUAGAAAAAGAAAAAAGUCAGUCAAUGCAUCCAUCUUCUAAUGGAGGUCUACAUGCCACAAAAAAGGUCCAGAAAAAUCGAAAUAAUUAUGCUUCAGUAGAAUGUGGUGCCAAAAUUUUGGCAGCUAACCCAGAAGCCAAGAGCACAUCUGCUAUUCUUAUAGAAAAUAUGGAUCUUUAUAUGUUGAAUCCUUGCAGCACUAAAAUUUGGUUUGUUAUUGAACUCUGUGAACCAAUUCAAGUAAAACAGUUUGAUAUUGCAAAUUAUGAAUUAUUUUCUUCUACUCCUAAAGACUUUCUGGUUUCUAUCAGUGACAGAUACCCCACGAAUAAAUGGAUUAAGCUGGGUACUUUCCAUGGUAGAGAUGAGAGGAAUGUCCAGAGUUUCCCUUUAGAUGAACAGAUGUAUGCAAAAUAUGUGAAGAUGUUCAUCAAGUACAUAAAGGUGGAGUUGGUAUCACAUUUUGGAUCAGAGCACUUUUGUCCAUUAAGCCUUAUAAGGGUAUUUGGCACUAGCAUGGUGGAAGAAUAUGAAGAGAUUGCUGAUUCCCAGUAUCAGUCAGAACGUCAAGAACUAUAUGAUGAGGACUAUGAUUACCCACUGGAUUAUAAUACUGGGGAGGAUAAAUCCUCAAAAAACCUUCUUGGUUCUGCUACAAAUGCCAUUCUAAAUAUGGUGAAUAUUGCCGCUAAUAUUCUGGGAGCAAAAACUGAAGACCUGACAGAAGGAAAUAAAACUAUAUCUGAGAAUGCUUCUGCCACAGCUGCACCCAAAAUGCCUGAAUCAGCUCCUGUUUCAGCUCCUGUUCCAUCACAUGAGUUUGGAACCACUGAAGAACACGUACAUGACACCGAGUCAUUGUCACCAGAUACUACAAAAGAAAGUCCCAUUGUACAGCUAGUUCAAGAAGAAGAAGAGGAGGCAGGUCCUUCUACAGUGACCCUUCUGGGUAGUGGUGAACAAGAGGAUGAAACAUCACCUUGGUUUGAGUCAGAGACACAAAUAUUUUGCAGUGAACUCACCACAAUUUGUUGUAUUUCUAGUUUUUCGGAAUAUGUAUAUAAAUGGUGUUCAGUUAGAGUUGCUCGUUAUCGGCAACUCAGCAGAACUGCUCUGAGUAAAGAAAAAGAGUAUCUUAUGUCAGCUGAACCACCACGAGUACUUCCUGAAGAACCAGUAGGUGUUUCAUUAUUGCAGCCUCCAGGUGGAGAGCCAGACAGUAAGAAUAAGGAAAAGGAAGCUGAAACCAUUGUUCUAGAUGAUUUAAGUGGUGUGCUUCAGGAAGAUUUGAUUAAUCACACUUUAGAUGCAAUUGAACUUGAACCAAGCCAUCCUCAAACUCUUUCUCAGUCUGUUCUCUUAGAUGUUACUCCAGAAAUGAACUCAUUAUCUAAAAUAGAAGUAUCUGAGCCUAUUAAAUAUGAGGCAGGGCAUUCACCAUCACAAGUGAUUCCCCAAGACAGUUCUGUUGAGGUUGAUAAUGAAACAGAAAAAAGAUCUGAGAGUUUUAGUUCUAUAGAGAAACCAACUGUGAUCUAUGAAACAAAAAUACUUGAUAAAGUAAUGGAUAAUGUUGUAAAAGAAGACAUAAACUCCAUGCGAAUUACCACAAAGCUAUCUGAAACAAUAGUGCCACCUGUAAACACAGCUGCUAUGCCAGAUAUUGAAGAUGGGGAAGCCAAAAUGAACAUAGCUGACACACCAAAGCAAAUUUCCACUCCUGUUGUGGAUUCUUCUUCAUUACCUGAAGUAAAAGAAGAUGAACAGUCUCCAGAAGAUGUCCUUUUAAGAGGGUUACAGAGGACAGCUACAGAUUUUUAUGCUGAAUUGCAAAACUCCUCAGAUCUAGGAUAUGCUAAUGGGAAUCUUGUACAUGGAUCAAACCAAAAGGAAUCAGUAUUUAUGAGACUUAAUAACCGUAUUAAAGCCUUAGAAGUUAACAUGUCUCUCAGUGGUCGCUACCUGGAGGAACUUAGUCAAAGGUACCGAAAACAAAUGGAAGAAAUGCAAAAGGCUUUCAAUAAAACAAUAGUGAAACUUCAGAAUACUUCAAGAAUAGCAGAGGAGCAGGAUCAGCGGCAAACUGAAGCCAUCCAAUUGCUGCAAGCACAGCUGACCAACAUGACACAGCUUGUUUCAAAUUUAUCAACAACAGUAGCAGAAUUAAAACAUGAGGUUUCAGAUCGACAGAGCUAUCUUGUCAUAUCUUUGGUUCUCUGUGUUAUCUUGGGACUGAUGCUUUGUAUGCAGCGUUGUCGAAACACUUCUCAAUUUGAUGGAGAUUAUAUUUCAAAACUUCCUAAAAGUAAUCAGUAUCCAAGCCCUAAAAGGUGUUUUUCUUCCUAUGAUGAUAUGAGUUUGAAAAGGAGAACUUCAUUUCCACUCAUCAGAUCCAAGUCUCUACAGUUAACUGGGAAAGAAGUAGAUCCAAGUGAUUUGUACAUUGUAGAACCCCUCAAGUUUUCUCCAGAAAAAAAGAAGAAACGCUGCAAGUACAAAACUGAAAAAAUUGAGACCAUAAAGCCAGCUGAUCCAUUGCACCCUGUAGCCAAUGGAGACAUAAAAGGAAGAAAACCUUUUACAAACCAGAGAGAUUUUUCUAAUAUGGGAGAAGUUUAUCACUCUUCUUAUAAGGGUCCUCCAUCUGAAGGAAGCUCAGAAACUUCAUCACAGUCAGAAGAGUCUUAUUUUUGUGGCAUUUCAGCUUGCACAAGUCUGUGCAAUGGACAGUCCCAAAAGACAAAAACUGAGAAGAGGGCUUUGAAACGAAGGCGAUCUAAAGUCCAAGACCAAGGAAAAUUGAUAAAAACUUUGAUACAGACUAAGUCAGGAUCACUGCCGAGCCUGCAUGACAUAAUCAAAGGAAACAAAGAGAUCACCGUGGGAACAUUUGGUGUUACAGCAGUCUCGGGACAUAUCUAA